AUGAUAACAACAUCACAAACAGACAUUUUAGACGACGUGUUACUCUACAGUUACUCCGAUUAUAUUGCUCCUGAAACUCAACUUGAGUCUUUCACUGAUUCAGGUUCGCUCGAAACACCACCAACAAGACCUCCUUGCAACACCAAAUCCGUUCAGAUGAAACCAGUCUUCGCAAACAUCGUCUUUUCAGACUAUGAAAACUCCCUCGAUACCGAAAACACACUCGCAGGUCAUUUCCAGAAGUCUUUCGCACAUUCAUUCUCCUCGUCGUCUUUGGAAAAACUCGGGGAGUGGGAGAGAAGUCAGACUUACUGA